AUGGCUGGCUACCCCUGCGUAGUGCUGGUGCAGGCAGCAAAGGUGGCCAACGACAUUCUGCAAGGCCCAGCCCCUACUCUCCCGCAGCAGCCUGUGCCAGCACAGCAGCACAGCCGCAUCACUCCUCAGCUAACCACGUUGAUCGCCCCGCGGCAGAACUGUCGUCGGUGGGAGCUGUUGGUUGUCAUGGAAACGCUGCUCCUGCUCCUCUUGCCGCUGGCCGCCGCCGCCGCCCAUCCCGCUGCCCGGGCAGCGGGGCCCGGCCUGGAGGAGCGGCUCUUCGAGCAGGUGCGGGACCACUUCACUUUCGAGAGCUGUGGCAACGAGACCUUUCCGCAGCGGUACCUGGUCACAGCAAAGUUCUGGAAGGAAGGAUGUGGACCCAUCUUCUUCUAUACUGGCAAUGAAGGUGACAUCUGGACUUUUGCUCAGAACUCUGACUUCAUAUUUGAAUUAGCAGAGGAACAGCAAGCACUUGUGAUUUUUGCUGAGCAUAGAUACUAUGGGAAGUCUCUCCCAUUUGGACUCGAAUCAACACAGCUGAAGAAGACUGGUCUGCUUACCGUGGAACAAGCCCUUGCUGACUAUGCAGUGCUAAUUACUGAGAUUAAGCAGCAGUAUGGUGCUGCAGACUGCCCUGUCAUUGCUUUUGGUGGCAGCUAUGGAGGAAUGCUCAGCGCUUACAUGAGGAUGAAAUACCCCAACAUUGUGGCUGGAGCAUUAGCUGCUAGUGCUCCUCUGCUGUCUGUGGCUGGGCUUGGAGACCCCACCCAGUUCUUCAGAGAUGUAACAGCAGAUUUUCAGAAGUCAAGUCCAGGCUGUGUCCCUGCUGUCCGCAAAGCCUUCCAGCAGCUUAAGGAUCUGUUCCUGAGCGGAGCCUAUGAUGAAAUUAGUAGUAAAAUGGCCACAUGCAAUAAGAUCUCUAACAAGGAGGAUGUUUACCAGCUUUUUGGAUUUGCUAGGAAUGCCUUCACCAUGAUGGCCAUGAUGAACUACCCUUACAAAACCGAUUUCAUGGGUCACCUCCCUGCCAAUCCGGUGAAGGUCAGCUGUGAACAAAUCCUUGCCCACACAGACCCAAUUCAAGGCUUGGCUGCUCUUGUUGGGGUGUUCUACAACUCCUCUGGCUUGGCGCAGUGCUAUGACAUAUACCAGCUAUACCAGUCUUGUGCUGACCCCACGGGCUGUGGCAUCGGCCCGGACGCUGAGGCCUGGGACUACCAGGUUUGCACGGAGAUCAACUUAACUUUCAACAGCAACAACGUGACUGAUAUGUUCCCCGAGAUGCCCUUCACAGAGGCCAUGCGGGAGCAGUACUGCUGGAGGAAAUGGCACGUGAGGCCACGAGCACACUGGUUGCAGAUAAACUUCUGGGGAGGAGACCUGAAAAGCGCAAGCAACAUCAUUUUUUCAAAUGGAGACUUGGAUCCUUGGGCUGGAGGAGGGAUAAAUAGCAGCCUCAGCCCUUCACUAAUUGCACUGACUGUUAGAGGAGGCGCUCAUCACCUAGACCUGCGAGGACACAAUCCAGCUGACCCCCCAUCCGUCACACAAGUGCGCAAGCUUGAAGCGAGCAUCAUCAACAGCUGGGUGAAAGCUGCAGGGAUGGAAAGGGCACAGAAGCGCCCAGUGAGUAUGUCCAGACCCACAGCCUCAGGCCUGGGAGUGAGGCUGCCACUACAAUAG